AUGCCGCGAUUUAAUCGACGGGAACAGCUGCCGCUCCACAUCAAGCGCGCCAUUUGCGCGCACCACCUCGAACACCCCGUCCUGCGCCAUGUCGACCUAGCUCGAUGGUGUUUCUCCCAGUACGGGUUGCGCCCGGAUCGCUCUACGAUCGGCCGCAUCCUAAAAACCGCCGAGCGAUGGGAUGUGACGUCCGACGGCGCCAACCCGGUGCGCCGUCGGGCAGGCGCCUGGCCAGAGCUGGAGCAGGCCAUGGGGCGGUGGAUAGCAAACGCAGGACCCGCCGGUGUGCCCCUCACACUCCAAACCAUCCGCGACCAUGUCGCGGCGAUGGCCAGGAACAUGGGCAUUCCGCCCACCUUCCGAUGCUCGAUCGGCUGGGUGCGCCGUGCAUUGCGGCGCCAGGGCGUGAGAUGCCGUGCGGCACAGGGCGAGGCCGCCAGCGCAGAUAUGGCGGCCGUGCGCGACGCCCGUGAGAAGAUGCCGCGACUCCUCACGCAGCUCGGCGUCGCCCCGCGGGACACCUUCAACCUCGACGAGACUGCUCUCUGGCUGUCGGUGCUUCCGCGGCGCACGUACAGCAGCGGCCGCAUACCAGGCCGCAAGGUCUCGAAGGAGCGAUUGACCGUCGCAUUCCUCGUGAAUGCGGACGGUAGCCAUGCAUUCCGGCCGCUUGUGAUAAGCAAGGCGAAGAGGCCGCAUGACUUCCGGCCCGACUAUGACCCUGAGGCGCUAUGCUACUGGCGCCAUAACGCCAAAGGCUGGAUGACCUCGCCUUUAUUCACGCAUUUCAUUACUCAUCUCAACGCGGCGAUGUUUGCCGAGGGUCGCAAAAUAGUGGUGCUGCUGGACAACGCGAGCAGCCACAUGCUGCGCGCCGUAGAUGCAUGGAGCGAGAUCGUGUGCGGCGUCAGGACCACGUGCAUGAGCCACGUGCGGCUUGUCUUCCUGCCGCCCAAUACCACGGCAUUCACUCAGCCGCUUGACCAGGGCAUAAUCGCCACCGCGAAGGCCCGCUACCGCCAGCAUUGGCUGCGGGCCUUCUCGGGUUUAUGGAACGCCGACGGAGCGACUUCCGCGGUCGCUCGAUUCCGGCCGAAUCUGCGAGAUGUGCUCGAGUGGCUGUCGGAGUCGUGGACCUCCGUCGGCGCGCGCACCAUUCAACGAUGUUGGUGGCGCACGGGGUGUCUUCCCCUCUCGUGGUCACUGGAGCUGCCGCACGUGCAUGACGACGAGCCCAUCCCCGCAGCUUAUCCCGACAUCGAACUCGACGAUGACAUCGAUGAUGUCGGGACGCUUAUUAACACGCUCGACCUCGGGAAUGCGGCAAUGACGGCGGCGGAAUACGUCGCCAUCGACGACGCGGAGCCCACGUGUGCGGAAGGCACGGCACACCCGCCCGUGACAGAGGAGGAGAUGCGCUCGGAGGUGGAGCUCUGGCAGGCGCCGACGACCAUGCAGGCCGUUUACGACGACGCCGACCCCGUGUGCCGUGAAGCGCGCCGCACUGCUCGUGCGGCGUGCGAGAUGCUCAUCGGCUACGCCCGGGCCACCCGCAUCACUCCGCGCGAUCUGUGCGCUCUUUUCGACAUCCGCAAUCCAAUCAUAAUCGCGCGGAUGGAGCGGGCGAGCCCGGGAUUCAAUCUCAACGUGGCGCCGCAGCCCGUACCCUCCCCCGGCGCAACCCCCACUCCCGAGACACCUCGUCCGCGGGGCCGUGUGCUGCCCGACUGGAUGACCCGCCAGUCCCGCCGUCAGCAGCUGCUUGAUGCCGGGGUGGGCGCCGUGAUGGACGGCUAUGUGGAUGCAGCGGAAUGGAUGCGUCUUGUGUUUCGUUUAGUGUGUUGUGUUGCUAUGGGGGGCCAGACCUUCCCCGCCUUCCAAGCGUCGCAGCAGCUGGAGUGGUUCGACAAGAUCCGGAAUGACGUGGAAGAAGCAGGGGGUAGCAGCACCAUCCUGCCUCCCUCCCUCUCCGUCUUCUCCACUGCGCUCUACGUCAUGGGGCUUUGUUCCAACGAUUACUUCGUGCUCUUCUUCGGGGAGAAGAUCGACGACACGACGCUCCCCAGGAUCUCCACCUUAAGCGCGAAACAAGUGCAGGCGUUUGCUUCGGGCGUCGUGGCGGCUCUGAAGGGAUUCGUGGAGGGUAUUUACAGCCGCGGGGCGCGCCGGUUCCUGCUCUUCGAAGCUCCCCCGUUCGGUUGCCUGCCGCUAUGGCGCACGCUGCAGCCCGCGGAGAAGCAGGGGGAGUGUGUCAGCGCACUAAAUGCAUAUUCUCAGGAGCAUAACAAGCAGCUGGCUGUUGCUAUUGCUGGGCUGCGGAAGACUCUCAAAGGCUCAGAGAUUCUGGUCGUGAAGACGUAUGAUUUUCUGGCGAACACUUUUGCCGACCCAGUCUCUCUUGGACUGUCCGAGACCAACGCGUGCUGCGGCGGCCCGCCUCCCAUCAACGGCCUUGUGCAGUGCGGCACAAGCAAAACCUUGGGUGGUUACAAGGUAACCGUGACUGAGUGCAGCCGCCCCCAAGACAGCCUGUACUGGGACCGCUUGCAUCCUACAGAGGCCCUCAAUCGCGAAAUGGCCAAGAGCAUUCUCCUGGGCGGCAAGGAAUCAAUCACGCCAAUGAACGUGCGCCAGCUGGCCAGCGCUGCGAGUGGGGAGAAGAGGAAGUAG